AUUUGAGCGUGUUGGGACCUGCAGAGCUGCAGCAGUUAAAAGGCGACUCUCUGAGCAACUCUGGGAUUUUGUGUCUUGGACUCUGACACACACACAGACACAGAGCGACACACACACACCAUGAAGAACAGCUGGAUCUGGAUUUUACUCUGCGGACUCGUGGCUGCAGUUUGUGGCGUCCAGGCGACCUACACACUCUACGCGACGGCGCGCUGCGACUGUAACGGCCGGUCCCGGUACUGCCUGCGGGACGCCUUUGGCCUGCACUGCGUGGACUGCCAGGGGAACACCGAAGGGCGCCACUGCGAGCGCUGCAAGGACGGCUUCCACCUGCUGGGGGCGUCUCCAAGCUGCACGCCCUGCCACUGCAACCCCGCUGGUUCUGUCGGCGCCACGUGUAGCAGCAGCGGGCGCUGCAGCUGCAAAGACGGCGUGACGGGAGAUAAAUGUGACCACUGCCCAGACGGGCCGAUCGGUCCGAACGGCUGCUCGCAGAGCCGGCAGCCCAGAGAGGAUUCUGGGAGUCAGAUGUGUUUCUGUUUUGGCCACAGCACUCGUUGUUCUGCCACUUCCGGUUUUAUCAUCCGCGACAUCACCUCAACCUUCUCCGACGGUUUGGACGACUGGACGGCGGCGACCUCGCAGGGCGCCACGCCCGACAACGUCCACUUCCGCUGGUCACCGAAGCACCAGGACGUGGAGGUGAUCUCCUCCAACAUCCUGCCAGUCUACCUGUACGCCCCAGCUCCUUACCUGGGGAACCAGCUGCUGAGUUACGGUCAGAACUUGUCCUUCUCUCUGCGUCUGGACCGUGGCGUCCGUCACCCGUCCACCAGUGACGUGGUGUUGGAGGGUGGCGGCCUGCGGGUGGCGUCCUCGCUGGGCGACCUGCGCUCCAUUGUCCCCUGUGGACAGAAGAUCAAGUACAGCUUCAGACUGGACGAGCAGCCCAGCAGCAGGUGGAGGCCUCAGCUCUCCUCCUCUCAGUUCCAGACGCUCCUGCAGAAUCUCACCGCCAUCAAGAUCAGAGCCACGUUCGGCGAGAAUGGCCGUGGUUACCUGGACAAUGUGAAGCUGGUGUCUGCGCAGCGUGGUGACGGCGCCCCAGCCAGCUGGGUUCAGACCUGCAGCUGCCCGCCGGGUUAUGAGGGCGACUUCUGCGAACGCUGCUCGGUGGGCUUCAGACGCAGCCGGCCCGCAGACGGAUCGUUCAGCAGCUGCGAGCCGUGCAAGUGCAGAGGAGGCAGCUGCGACCCGCAGACGGGAGACUGUUACUCUGCAGACGAGACACCCGGCGAGCAGAGCUGCUCCCAGGGCUUCUACCGUGACCCCUGGCAGCUCCGCAGCUGCGUGAAGUGCCCCUGUCCGGACGGCGUGUCCUGCUCGCUGCCUCACGGCUCACUGCAGCCGCGCUGUGAACGCUGCCCGGCUGGAGCCACAGGUUUCCGCUGCGAUGUCUGUCAGGAGGGGUUUUACGGCGACCCGACGGGCGCUAGCGGCGAGCGGCGUGCCUGCAGGCCCUGCCAGUGUAACGGACACAUCGACGUCAGCGUGGCAGGAAGCUGCGACCGCAGCAGCGGCGAAUGUCUCAAGUGUCAGAACAACACGGAGGGGCGGAGCUGCGAGGCCUGUCAGCGAGGAUUCUACCGCCAGCGGGACGCCGACGCCUGCAAACCGUGCAACUGCGACCUUCAGGGGUCAGAGGUCAGACAGUGUGAUGACUCCGGCCGCUGCCGCUGCAGAGCCGGCUUCGAGGGUCUGAAGUGCGAAAGAUCCAACUGCCCCGCUUGCUUCAGCCCCAUCAAGAACAAGAUGCAGGCGUACGCGGACAAACUGAAGGAGCUGGAGGCUCUGCUCUCGCAGGUGGAUGGUGGUUUGAAACCGGCCAACAGCCCCGACAUCGAGGCUGCUCUGAAGGUGAUGGAGGAGCUGGUGGACGACCUGCAGUACGACACCGAGCUGCUCACAGGACAGGAGAAGAACCUGCAGGGCCGCCUGUCAUCCAUCAGCAGGAGUCAGCUAUCCGACGGUCUGGAGCUCCAGAACCUCGCCGACGCAGCUGAUGACAUCAAACGAACGCAGCAGACGUACAAGACGAAGGAGAAGGAGCUUCAGAGUCUGAUAGAGGACAUGAAACGCAAACUGGCCAAGGCCAAGGCAGACCUCAGAUCAGCUGAGAUUCCUGUGGGCGAUGCUCCACUGGGUCCGGACCCGCUCUCCUCUCUAGUGCCGGUGGCUGAAAGUCUGGCUGAUAAACACCAGACGACGGCCGGCGGCAUUGAGCAAAUCGCCAACGAAGCUCUGAGCGACUCGCAGAAGAGUCUGGCUCUGGUCCGAAACCUCAUGAACAAGGAGAACAAAGUCAAAGAGCUGAUCGGAGAUCUGAAAACCAUGUACGAUAAGACUUCGGCCCAGGUGAAGGGUUUGGAGAACCAGGCGACCCGGCUGAGUGCUGAGGCCAAAGAUGAGAGCAAAAGGGCAGACGGCAUGUUGAAAGACAUCGCCAGUCUGGAGGGAAACAUCCCGACUCCCCUGAAGGGGCUGGUGGACACCAUGGUUUCUCGGUUGGACGAUGUGAAGGGGGCAGUGGACAACGAUAUCUCAGGCCUAGAGACGCUGCGGGAUGGCGUGCAGCGAGACAAGACCGCCACAGAGGACCUGCUGGCCAAGGGCAAAAACGCACAGCAGGUGUUCGACCAGCUGGUGGACAGAGUCGAUGUCGCCGAGGAGGACACAAAGGGCGCUCUUCGACUCAUCAAGAGCAAUACCAAGGAGCUGGACGACGCCCUGAACACCCUGAGAGGGUUCGACAAGCAGAUCGCCGACAGUAAAGCUCUGGCCGACGCCGCCGUUGGCCGUCUUCCUGGCAUCAGCGCCACCAUCAAGGAGGCCGUGAAGAACAACGCGAAGACCGCCUCCGUCCUGGGAGACGUGUCCAACGACUUCAGCGGCGCAGUGGGAACCAUCAACAUGGCGGAGAACCUGUGGGACAAACUGAAGGGAACUUUGGAUACUUUGCCAUCUCCCACCAAUCUACUGAAUGAAGCGACCAAACUGAAGGAGGAUGCCAAGGAUCUAAAGACGCAGGCUCAGGGGACAGUUGGAGACGUGGCUGCAGAGCUGGACGAAAGCAGGACGCUGAAGGACGCAGCUCGCCAGGCUGCUGCUGAAGCCGUUGAAGCUUUCGACAACGCCAGAGGGACGAGGAGCGCUGUGGGACAGACGCUGAGAGACGUCAACGACCUGCUGGCCAACAUGAACCAGACUGGGACUGUGGACGAGGAACAGCUGAAGCAGCUGGAGGACUCUCUGGCCGGCGCUCAGAGAGACGUGGAGGCAAACCUGCGCCCUCGGCUCAGGAACGUAUUGGAUCAAGAGGCUGCCCAGCGCCGCCUGCUCAACCGCCUCAAUCUGGACUUGGACACCAUCCUGGGAGACAUCAGCAACCUGGAGGACAUCCUGGCGGCCAUCCCCACAGGCUGCUACAACAACGCCCCCAUCGAGGAGGCCUGAGGACCGCCAAGUUCUGGUUCCACAGAGUCCUGAUCCACUAUCAGCCAACACUAUCCACUACCAUUCCAACAAGAAUCUACCCACUUGUAUUAAAACACAUGGUGAAAUCUGACAAAACUCAGUGAAAUGCUUGUGCUGCGUUCAUGGCACAUUGUAUCUGUUAAUAUCAGUUUCUGACUCUUGACAACUGUUCAAGUCAAACCAAACAAAUCUGACCUGAACAUUACUAAUUGUUACUAAGGAUUUUUUUCUGGUAUUUUACAGAAAAAAACAGAAUGAUUUGAAAUAAACUGGGUAAAGACUGAAUGUACCAAAGAGCUGAUUCUGCUGCAGACCAGCAACAUAUUAAAAUAAAGAUAUAAACAAUGUUUGACCCGGAAAUAGAUAUAUAU